CAAGAAAGAAAACCCCCAAAAGCCAACAAUCUAAAACCACGGGAAAGAGAGGAAGAAGACUCCAAAUCCAUCCGUCGCCGUCGCCGUGGUCGGUGCCGCUCAGCUUGCUCACCCCGGGGCGCGCGGAAACCCUAGCCUAGCUUGCCCUAGCUUCCUCGGCGUCGGCGUCGGCGGGGAGGAGGAGAGGGGGGGAUGUCGUCGUGGUUGCGGAGCGCGGUGAGCCGGGCGGGGCGCAGCGGCGUGGCCCGCGCCGUGAAGGGGUACGCCGACGCCGUCGCGCACCACGCGGGGCAGGCCGUGGCCGACAUCCUCCACGACCGCGCGGACUACAAAAGUUUCAAGAAAACAGUAACACGCUUGCAAGAGGCAGCGGUUUCAUGCCGUGGAGGCGAAAGAGUUGAACUAUUAAGACGAUGGUUGGGAGCAUUGCAAGACAUAGAGGCUGAACUUGGCGGAUCCGAUUUGAAGGAUCCAGAAGAUCAUGAGCCUUCUACUGAAUCAGAUAGUCCAAAAGCACCGUUGGCUUUAUUUUAUGAUGCUGACAUUGAAGGAGGACCAAUGAACUUCCGUGAUGUAUUCCUAUACAGUCAAGCCCUUGAGGGCAUUACACUGUCCAUGGUUCUCGAAGCUCCUUCUGAGGAAGAAGUUUCACUCCUGUUGGAAAUUUUUGGGCUGUGCCUUACUGGAGGGAAAGAUGUCAACAAGACAAUCAUGAACACCAUACAAGACUUGGCCAAGACCCUUUCAGAUUACAAAGAUGAAGUACUGGUGAAGCGUGAAGAGCUGCUUGAAUACACUCAGAGUGUCAUUUCAGGGCUAAAGAAAAAUGCUGACAUUAUGAGGAUAGAUGCUGAAACCCUCGAGUUGUGGAAAAAACUAGAUGAGAAGGAGAAAUCACGAGCCCAGUUAACUGACGAUCAAGAUAACUCGUCUGGGAAUAUUUCUGUUGAAAAUAUUGAGGGUUUAAAAGAGGCACUUAUCGAAGUCCGUUUGUGCUCUAAAGUGGAAGAGCUUAUACUUAAGAAGGCAGCAAUAUCUCCUGGAGACUGUCUGGAGAUCCAUUCUCAGAAGAUCGAUAAACUAAAGAUCUUGUCAGAUUCCCUUGCUAAUUCAUCCUCCAAGGCAGAGCAACGUAUUUUGGACAACAGGCGCCAGAAAGAAGAUGCUCUGAACUUCCGUGUUAAGAAGGAGAAUGAAGUGAGUGCAGUUGAGAAGGAAUUGCUUGGUGAGAUCACUGAAUUGGAGAAGCAAAGAGAUGAACUUGAGGCUCAGCUGAAAAAGAUCAAUAUAUCACUAAACGCUGCUGCUGGGCGCCUCAAGAAAACCAGGGAAGAGAGGGAACAAUUUGAUGAAGCAAACAAUCAAAUUAUAUUUAAAUUAAAAACAAAGGAGGACGACCUCACCAAAUCCAUUGCGUCAUGUAACGUGGAAGCCAAUAUAGUCAAGACCUGGAUCAAUUUCCUCGAGGAUACCUGGAAGCUCCAGUCAACGUAUAAUGAACAGAAGGAAAAGAAAACAUGUGAUGAAUUGGAGAGAUGUGUUAGUAGUUUUCUGAAGUUGACUAAACAUCACCUUUCAGUAUUCAAGGAAGUUCUAAGCCCAUCAAUUGAGAGUAUCCGAACAUACGUUGAUAACUUGGUGGUCUUGAACUCAAGGGAAGAAACAACACAACAUGAAGAUGAUGAAGCAUCUGAGAAGGCAAACCCAAGAAUAAGCCUCGAGGAGGAAUAUUUGGAAACUGAAAAGAAGAUCAUAAUUGCUUUCAGCAUUGCUGAUCACAUAAAGAAGUUAUUUUACUCUGAGCAAGGGGCUAAUUCUAGGAGAGAUGAUCCAGAGGUCAAGAACCUAAUUACUGAGAUCGAGAAAUUGAGGGAAGAGUUUGAAUCUAUAGAAAGGCCAAUGCUAAGUAUAGAAGCCAAUAAAUCAAAGCCUCUGCCUGAGGAGAGAUCUGAAUUGAGCCCUUCACCUAUCCCAGCGCCUGCCACCCCUAAGGCCGCGCACAUCGACUCUCCAAAAUCUCCCAUGAAACCCGAGCAGCAUCUGAAUCCCGACAAUGAGCUUGCAAACCUGGGAGCAGAACUUGGAUCCGAGGAGAAAGAUUUUUCAGGUGAGGAGAUCAACGGCUGGGAGUUUGAUGAACUUGAAGAGGAUUUGAAGAACUGACGUAGUUGGGAUCAAGGGAUCAAUCAACAAAGAGCAAUAUGGUCAUAUGCGCGUGCCCCUGUUCUGUUUGAUGUAUAUAUUAACAACGCUGUUCGUUUGUAUUGUCGAAUAUUUCAGGACAUGCAGAUUGAACUUUAAACCCUUGGCAAGUCAUUUGUUAUUUGUUUUGUUCUUGCCAUGAUACUCCUUGGCAAGGAGCCAAGGAGUAUGUUGCAUUUUUACCUGUAAACUUUUUUACUGAACGCUGUUGUAACAUUUGCAAACGCAGAUAAUGAAUAUUUACCAUUUGACUGGACUGUCGAUCAGUUUGC